AGGUCUCAGGGAAGAUGGCAGCCCUAGGGGACGUUCAGAAGCCCCCUUCUGCCCCGUCCCCUGUCAGUCUCUCAUCACCGGGGACACCUGGAGCCCAGCACCACGAGCCUCAGCUUCACCUCCAUGGGCAUCAACAUGGAGGGAAAGUGGCCUCAAAAUCUGCAUCCAGCGUGACCAGGAGCAAGGCGUGGCCCCUGAGUGUUGCCAUUCAGGAAGACCAGGAGCAAGGCAUCGCCCCUCUGAGUGUUGUCAUUCAGGAAGUGCAGCAGCCAGAGUCCUUGCCAAGCUGGUUUGGGUGUGGUUCCCGGACCCGCAGGGACAGAGGGCCAGCCUUGCUCCAUCCCUGGUGGUAUGGCCUCGUGGUCACAUGGCAGGCCCUGGGAGUUGAGGUGUGGGGGGGGUGCCAGCCCCGUGGUGCCCCAGUCUCUGCUCCCUCUCGGAGGUCAGGGAUCCUGAGGCUCCAUCUCUGCUGGCUGUUCCACAGGAGGCCUGGCCUCACGGCCCUCGUGGUCCAACCCAGCACAUGAGGUGUUGACAGCAGGGGCAAGGCCCUACAUAGGUCAAGCCUGGGGAGCCUGUGUCCGGCCCAGGAAUGGCGCGACCUGGCACAGGGUUCUUCCUCUUGGGGAGUCAGCAUCCUGGUGGCUGAAGGGACCACUGAGGCUUGUGGAGAGCAGCUGCACUGCAUGGGGCCCUCAGGGGGCCCCCAGGUGAGGACAGAGAGGCCGGGGGCUUCCCCAACGAGCCAGGACCAGGGUGAGUUAGAGGAGCAGGGAACCAGGCGGCUUGGCAUCCACUCCCCCGAGGAGCAGGAGCCUGCACUCCUGCCGUCUCCACUGCCGUGUCCCAAGCAACUCCCCAGGGACUGUGAGGAGGCUGGGAAGGGGCGCCUGUGGGCUGCCUGGGCUGCCUGUCCUGGUGGGCCUGGCCAGGGGCUGCCUGGAAGGAUCCCAAGCCCCCGCAGCACACACUGUGGCUGGGCCUCCAGCCGAUGCCCCGAGGGCCGUGCUCCUCACCCCUUAGUCAGUCAGAAUCUCAGGGCCCGCCCUUGCCCUCUCAUGUCACCUGUACAACGGCUGAGGGAAGUCCUCCUGUCCUGUUACCAAUGGGGACACGGAAGCCCAGAGACAAGGCCAGGAGGCCAGCAGACUCAGGGCACGCCCUGGCACUCCCCACCCCCGCCCCCCUCCCCGGGGCGAGGUGUGACCUGGAGAGGUGUGACUUCUCCAGAGGGAUAGUCUGGAGCAGCCCAGCAGAUCAUCUUAGCACAGGACACAGGCUGAGGGGGCUGCAGGCCACGUUCUGCAGGAUAAGAAGCUGAUGCCCAGGCAGAGGGUGGGCCUGGGGAGCAUGGAGGGGCCUCGGGCCGGGCCCCCUGAGCCUGCCGGGUUGCACUACCCCCAGCCCUGUCUCCACCAGCCAUGGGCAGUCAGGCCCAGAAAACCAGGCACGAGUCCCCAGCCCCACAGGCCUGGAAGCCCCCUAGGCACUGAAGCCAUGUUCAAGUGCCCUGAAAUCCCCAGAGGUCUUGCCCCGUGGGAGGAAGUGGGGCCUGCACCAGCAGCUUCUGCCCUCUCCCUGCUGUACCAGAAACAGCAUCCAGGGAGGACGGCCCUGAGAACGGCAGGUAUGGCUGCUUCCCCCAGCAAGAGAUUGUGGCAGGAGGAGAUUGUGGCUGAGGCACAGUGGGGCCUGGGGGCAGGUAGCCUGCUGAUAGGCCCAGUGUAGAGCGAACGGGGCCAGGCCACAGCAACGGGCGGCCUCUGUCACAACUUCCAGGCACUGGGUGAAGGCAGGGGCUGCUUCCGGGCGUUUCCAGCUUCCUCUGCUCCUUGGGAAUGCCCUGGGGGACAGAUUCCUAAGCAGAGGCGGCCGCGGUGUUUCUGGAACUUGUCCAGGACUGUCCUGCCAGUUAGGGGCCAAGCCAGGACUUGGAGCCACAGCCUCCCAACUCCCAGACUGCAGUGGGCCAGACCAAGGUUCCCGGGGCCCACCCCAGGCACACGAGGUCACCUCCGGAGCCUCUGGUGGGUGCCGUGCUGGGCAUGCUGAGCCCUGGGCUGCGAGGUGUCAGGGAGCAGAGGAGAUCCCGGGGAGGAGCUGUGUAUCAGUGGGGAGGGUAGUGAGGGGCAUGGGGAGCGGCCGGGGAAGGUUCUCGGCGGUGGUUCCUGCAGACAUGAAGCUGGGGUCCCACAGCAAAGGGCUUGGGGCCAUGGCCUAGCCCAGGUCUUGCAGAGCAGGGAGACCAGGCAGGUGGGAACAGGACACAGUUCCUCAUUUCCGUGGGCCUGGGGGACUGAGGGUCCCCACACAGCUCCUCACGGAUUGUGUUGUGCCCCAAGGCCACGCCCACCAGAGCCAGCACUGCCUGCACCGGUUCUGGAAGGUUUGCCCAGGGGUCCUGCAGGUGGAGGGGAAGUCUGUGGGAAGGAGGAAGUGAGGGAGGGGAGGCCUGGGACCCUUGGGGACUUGCAGUCCUGUGGGGGUUACUGAGUGCCCAGACUGGUGGGGAGGACCCCAUGGGCAGGGCAACGGCACCCCACGACAGGCACAGCAUCUUUCCACAUGGAGUGCCUGGCCCUGGCACCUGAGAUGGACUCUAGGUGCCCACUGACCACCCCCCAGCACCUAACUCACCUGGUCCGGGCCCAGGCACACAGCACUUGCUGUGCCAUUUUACACACAAAGAAAGGCCCUUCCGGCCAGGAAAGCACCCACCUCCUGCCUGUGCCCAGCCGUGCACAGCCACCUUGCCUCCACCUGGAAGACCAGCCCCAGCAGCAGGGUGGAGACAGUGCACACCACCUGGCAUCGUUUGAGGGUGUCUCGGCACCCAUACAGCUGGCAGCAGCUUUGGCGUGCUUCCUAUCUUGGUAAUGUCACUGGUCCUCUUAAAGUGACAGCCCGGGGAACAUCCCGCCUGUCAGUGCCGGGGCGUGGCCCCAGAAACAAAGCUGGAAUCGGGGUCACUUUCUUUCUCAAAGUGCUGCCAGGUCCCCUCCAGUGGCAUCCCAGUGCAGGGCAAAGGUGGCAAGGCUGUCUCAAGAGAGGUGAUGCCCUCACCGCCCCCUCCGCAGGAGCACGGCGCUGGAGCCUGCACUGUAUUUGGCCAUCUGUAGAACAAGCCAGCUCCCCUGGCUGCCAGGGGAUGGUGACAUGGUGGCCACGAGCUGGGGGUGAGGGUCACAGCCCAGAGAGGCCAGUGCCCCCAGGCCUGUCCCCACAUUGGGGAGCGUAUCUGAAAGGCCUAGAGGUGGUUUGGGACCCCCCCACAUCCUGCCUCAGGGCAGCCAAGCAGUUGGACCCUCAGCUCUCGAGGAAGGGACGUCGCACAGCCGCCCCCACCUGCUGAACUUCCCAGCCCUUCGUGUCAGGUCUCCCUCACUCCUCAGCCUGGGCUCGGAAGGUCUCCCAGGGGCCGACCUGAGGGUGGGUGGGCGUGUCGGGUGAUUGAGUGGCUGGCCAGGCUGGGGAGGUCCGCCCUCCAUGGUGGGCCAAGCUGGUCACCCCACUGCAGCCGGGGCAGGCCUGCCUGAGGCUGGAAAGUCCCAUGAAAGGCUCACAGCCAGGCACUGUGUUAUGAACAUGGUGUGGACAGGAGCCUCUGCCCACCCCAGCGCUGCGUCCUUCUGUGCCCAUCGCUGCAUUGUCAUCGCUGGGGGCACCCAGACUCGGCCUCGCAGGGCAAAGAGACACCCCUGUCCUUGAGUACAGCCCCCAGCCACCCUCCUUGCUGUGGGCAGAGGGCAGGUGAGACCCCCAAAGGGGCCUGGUGCCCCUGCCGGUGUGAGGAGAGCUGACCACUGGCCUUGGGCAGUGGAGCCCGCGCCCCUCCCUCUUGCAUCUGUGCUCCUUGAGUGUUAAGGCCACCCCCCCCACCCUGCCCCCACCAAGUCUUGGGUGGAAGGGGGGUGUCUUGGUCCUGGGUGCCCAAGCGUGGUGUGCCCAGGGGCGAGGGGCUCAUGGGUGGGCCCAGCCCAUUCCCCAGUCUCCGCCUGAGGAAGCAGGGGGCCAGUACACUGGGCCUGCUGGGAACAGCUACCUCUGCUGUUUCUGGGUGCUCGUGAGGGACAGUGGAGAGCCCUGGAGGGACAGAAAGGCCUGGGGCCGAGGGAGGGAGGCUUUGUGAGGUACCUGUGUGGGAGCCUGCAGGGCCAGCACUUUGAGAGGCCACUUCAGAGCAGCACUGCAGGACAGCGGUGCAGGGAGGAGGGCUGGCCACAGCCAGCCAAGGUGACAAAGCCGCCUUCAGCAGCAGGAGGGCCGCUUCAAGGCUACCCCAGGUUUUGGCUCUGCUUACUGGGCUGAAGGGGAUGAGCUCCCAAUGCUGGCCCCUGGAGGAGGAGGCUCUUGAACCCAGCUGGGAAGGAAGGCUCCCCGAGCUCCAGCCCUGAGGUGUCCCAGCCGUCUGACCUGGAUCUCCAAGACAUAGAGGAAGUAGAGAUCAGCAGAGACACCCUCUGGCCCGGUGAGUGAGCAGAACUGGGUUACUGGGUGACCAGAGCUCUGCGUGUGCCAGGUUCCUCCAUGCCCACCGCUGUGGCUCCCACAAUGCUGGCACCACCCCCUUCCUGGGGCCCCUUCUCUUCCCUGGCACCAGUUCAGCUCUGCCCUGUGGCCCCUCCCCCAUUCUAAUGCCAGUCCAGUCACUGAUGCUUCCCCAGGUGGUGACUGCAGCCCAUUGCCACCUGCCCCAGUGGCACCACCUGGACUCCUGCCAGCCCCAGCCGGACAUAGUGAAGCAGGAACUCCUCCCUCCCCUCCACGUGCCUCAGGCUGGGGCCGCUGGCUCAGAGCACCACUGUCCCCCCAGAUCCACCGGAGUUAUCCUGGGUCCCCUCCUACUGCAUUCCCUAGAUGGCCUCCCCCCAGCCUGACUGGAGCUGUGUCAAUCCAGGUCCCCUGCACCUCCCCCUUGAGAAGCCGCCUGGGUUCCCUCCAGGCGAUGUUAGUGAUACGGCUGGAUUUAACAGUGCUGAGCCCUCGCCCACACCUGGGUGGCCCUGGGGUGGGGAGCAGGUGUCUGAGGUCAGGUCCCUGGAAGGAGACCCUGGGCCAGAGGUUUGCGUGGGAAGCUCCUGGGGUGGGCAUGGGAGCUGGGCGGCAGGGCACUUGCCACCGAGGCCUGGGGCAGCCCCAUGAGGAGCUGUGCCCAUACAGACCACAUCCUCGGCCAGGGCUUGAGCGCGCCCUCUGGCGCUUUGGAGUCCCCCAGGUUCUGGGUCCUCACCAGCACUGACUGCUUCCUCCUGGCUACGGUCUGUCCUGCCACCGUGGCUCCGUGCACUGGCACAGCUGCCCUGGUGACUGUGGAUGGUCCCAGCAGCUCUGGGUCACCCUGCAACGCCCCCCACCCCUGUGUCUAUGACAGCCCUUCCGGGCACGGCACCCCGAGCCCCUGGCCGCUCGUCUCCCAUCCAGUGGGUGCCUGGCCCCUCCUCGUCCCGUCUGAGCACCCCUGUCCAGCUGUGCUCUCAUCCCCGUCCCUCCGUGUCACGGUGGGGGCACGCGGGUACUAUCCGCCUCUGCCGUUUCUCAUUUCAGACUCCGAGCCCGAGCCGGAGCAGGCUCCACGCUCUCCCGGCUCUCAGGCCCCUGACGAGGGGGCGGGCGGGGCGCUGCGCAGCCUCCUGAGGAGCCUUCCCCGCAGGGCCCGGUGCGGCGCUGGCUUCGGGCCCGAGUCCAGCGCGGACCGGCCGGCGGGCCAGCCGCCUGGGGCCGUCCCCUGCACCCAGCCGCGGGGCUCCUGGCGCGUGACGCUCGUGCCGCAAGCAGCGGCCGGGCCCGAGGGCGCGCCCGAGCGAGCCGCCGAGCUGGGAGUCAACUUCGGUCGGAGCCCGCAGGGCAGCGCGCGGGGGGCCAAGCCGCACAGGUGCGAGUCCUGCGGCAAGAGCUUCAAGUACAACUCGCUGCUGCUGAAGCACCAGCGCAUCCACACGGGCGAGAAGCCCUACGCCUGCCACGAGUGCGGCAAGCGCUUCCGCGGCUGGUCGGGCUUCAUCCAGCACCACCGCAUCCACACGGGCGAGAAGCCCUACGAGUGCGGCCAGUGCGGCCGCGCCUUCAGCCACAGCUCGCACUUCACGCAGCACCUGCGCAUCCACAACGGCGAGAAGCCCUACAAGUGCGGCGAGUGCGGCCAGGCCUUCAGCCAGAGCUCCAACCUGGUGCGCCACCAGCGGCUGCACACGGGCGAGAAGCCCUACGCCUGCAGCCAGUGCGGCAAGGCCUUCAUCUGGAGCUCCGUGCUCAUCGAGCACCAGCGCAUCCACACUGGCGAGAAGCCGUACGAGUGCGCCGACUGCGGCAAGGCCUUCCGCGGCCGCUCGCACUUCUUUCGGCACCUGCGGACCCACACGGGCGAGAAGCCCUUCGCGUGCGGCGCCUGCGGCAAGGCCUUCGGCCAGAGCUCCCAGCUCAUCCAGCACCAGCGGGUGCACUACCGCGAGUAGCCCGGCGGGGGCUCGGGGCGAGGCCUCCUGCCUGCCCCCACGGUGGGCAUUGCCCAGCACCGCAUGCCGUGUGUCCGGAAUAAAUUCUUUUUGAGUGUUGGAA